AUGACAGAAACUAUGACAUCCACUGCAUCCAAGAAUACUAUUUCUGGUGCUAAAGGAAUUACGUUUCUUGGUGAGACAUUCAUUGUGCCAGAGACUCACGACGUAAUGAAGACACUUUUCGAUCCUACUGUAAGAAAAUCCAACUUCGAAUUGGCAAUUCUUUUGACACUUGCUCUGAAUGGACUCGUGUUUUGGAUCGUUAAGAGUCCACAAGCAAGGGUUGAUGUUUUCAUUGGACUUUACAUAUUGUGGCGAUUUUCCUAUAAUUUUGGAAUUGGUUAUCUCUUGAACCAACAAUCGAAUCAUUUUAAGUUGGUAGGCUGGGCAAAAUCUACUAAAGUUUUUGAUCCCGAAAACAGUUCUAUGACUUCGAAGCUUGUGAAGGCAGAGAUCAAGUCUCAGAUGGGUUCCAAAUACAAAAUUUCCGAAUACCCAAUUGAGUUUAAUACUUGGUUAAUUUUUAGGAAAGUUGUCGAUUUAAUCUUGAUGCUGGAUUUUUUCUCUUUUAUUGGUCUCGUAGUUGCAUGUUCAAUGAAUAAGGGCUAUCAAUUCAUCAACGGCCAAAGUUCUUGGGUCAUAUACACAAGAUUGAUAGUCGGUUCCACGUUAAUUUUGUUUAAUUUAUGGGUUAAAGUCAAUGCACAUAACACUAUCAAAGACUACGCAUGGUAUUGGGGUGACUUCUUUUUCCGUCAACUUAACAAUGAAGAUCUUAUAUUUGAUGGUGUGUUUGAGAUGUUUCCUCACCCAAUGUAUUCAGUUGGAUACAUUGGAUAUUAUGGAUUUGCUUUGAUAUCCAAAUCUUACACUGUUUUGGUAGUCGCAAUCUUUGGUCACUUCUUGCAAAUGAUUUUUUUGCAUUAUAUCGAAAACCCCCAUAUCGAUAAAAUUUAUGGACCUUCGAGUAGUGAGUCAGAUACUGAGAGACUUUUAAAACUCAAAGAUUUGAGAGCCUUUGAUAACGAAAAGCCAUUAAUCGGGUUAUGGAAUUUUAACUUUCUCAGAGCGUCUGACUUGGUGAAUUUGCUUUUGACUGCUACCUAUGCUUUGAUACUUCCAUCGUUGGCUCUUCUAACGAAGGACAGUUCAACAUCCUUAAAUUGGGUGAUGUUCUUGCUAACAGUAUCUAUCAAAAUCUUUGAAUCUUUACUUAUUGAUGUUCUAUUAAUCCUUCAAAGUUAUUACAAGACCUUUACAAAAUGGUAUUUAUCAAAUGACAUUCCUGUUGAAAAAUCUUUGAAUAACUGGGCAAUUAUUUACAACACUUUUAUAAAUUUAACUUAUUCAUCAUUUUUCGGCAUGAAUAUUUAUCAAUUGCUCAGCCACCAGCAUGAUUUGUUUGCAGUAGAGUACUUUUACUUAAGAUGUUUCCUUGGCCUUAUUUUGAUUUCAACGCAAAUUUGGAUUAAUGCGUCAAUUAUUGACUCUAUAGGCUACUUUGGAUGGUUUUAUGGCGACUUCUUUAUUCCUAAGAAAACAACUGUCUUGACAAAAGCAGGUGUUUAUCGCUAUUUGAAUAACCCCGAGCAAAUAUUUGGGGUAUGUGGAAUAAUGGGCGUAACGUUGAUUUCACCAACUUUAGAGAAUUUGACUUGUUGUAUUUUGUGGGUAGCAAACAACUUUAUUAGAAUCAAUUUGAUAGAAAAAAUCCACAUGAUUAAGGUUUACGGCGAACAGGAGGUAUUAAAGGACUCUGGCGUUACUAAGACUGUUAAGAAACACCUUCUUCCGGAUGUUAUCCAGAGAAGAUUGAGUGAAACUCAUGAAAUGAGAGGAAACUCAUUAAGUGAUUCUUUAGAUGCUUUUAUUAAAGAGUUGAGAAGUUCGAAUUCAAACCUCUCGAAGCAAAACCUAGUGAAGCUUUCUCACAAUUUAAAAUUCGAAAGUAAUGAGUAUAAUUUGACUAUUGAACCUGGUCCUUACACAAUUGGGUCCCCAAUUCAAGUCUCGUGGAUUUCGCCUGCUGGCCAUUCUCAGAAAGACUGGAUCGGACUUUAUAGAAUCGCUCAGUCAUCCCAUUCUCGUAACAAGACCUUAGUAUCAUCCUCCGGAAGGUGGACCUGGUGCAAAUCGAAUAAGGACUCGUACACAUUCUCUGGUGAUAAGUUAUUUUGGGAAGAAGGUUAUUAUGAGUUCAGGUAUCAUUUGGAUGGUAAGCAUGACGUAGCCUUUAUCUCCGAACCAUUCGAAAUUAGAGCGAAGAAGAUUGAAGUUGGAAAUAAUGCUGAUGCUUUAGCCGAACUGUUGAAAGAAGAGAUAUUUGACUUAAUUGUACCUAUUGAAUCUAUCGACGUUCCCAUUAGUGAAGAGGUUAACAAAACGACAAACAUUUUCAAAUCUUACAAACUUUUAAGUCAUUUAAUUUCACUUUCAACGGAUAUUAAGUUUGAUUCGAAAGUCUUCCUCAAUGAUGACUUAACCAUAAGGACAUUGAGCAGUAAGCUUGUCAACAUUCAACGUAUCUUAGACGAAUUGUCACACAAGGAUUAUAACGUUACUGAAACAAAAAAAAAUGAGUAA